AUGAGCGUUGACUAUUCAAAACCAUAUACUGACUUUAUAGAAGCUUUUGAAAAACUUUUCAGUAUUAAACCUGAUAAAUCUGUUGAAGAUCUGUACAAUACAAUAACAAAUGUCUUGAUUUCUAAAUACAAACUUUCGGGAUAUCGCAUUUCAAAGAUUAUUCUUACGGCAAUUCAAUACAAUUAUGCUUCUACAGAGAUAUACAUUAAAAUUCUCGAGCUUCUCGGCUUCAAAAAUAAUAACAUUUGUAAAUUGGAUUUUCCAUUAGAAGGUUCGAUCGAAUAUAUUCUUAUGCAUGAUCAAAUUGAUAAAUUUAAAGAAUAUAUUUCUCAAAAAAAUAUUAAUAACAAUGACACAAUUCUUGAAAUUCCAAUGUUGAAAAUCAAAAAUUAUUCAAUUCACGAUGAAUUUGAAGAUCUCAAAACUCUUAGCAAUUUAUCAAUUGUUAAGCAUAGAGUAUCUUUUGCUUACUUGUCAUUAAUUAAAGCAUGUGCUUAUUUCGGGUCCGUCAAUAUUUUCAAAUUUUUAUUUUCAAAUUUAUAUUCUAAAUUAGACAAUAAAUGUCUUAGACUUGCAAUUAUCGGAAGAAAUACAGACAUCAUUAACGAUUGCUUGAAAGACAAUGCGAUGGAUAGCGAAUGUCUUAGAGAUAUUGUAAAAUGUCAUAAUAAUGAAAUGCUUUCAUACGUUUUAGACAGACAGAUAUUUACAAUUCAAGAUUUCGCAGUAAAUAAUUCGAUUGGUACAAAUAUUUAUGAAGAUAUUAUCAAAUAUCAAAACCUGAAGGCUGUAUUUCUGCUUUUCGCGAAAGAAAAAAACUUUAUUGUUCCAUGGUGCGCUGUAUUUCCACAAACGAAUGAGCUUCUAAUGAAAGAAAAACUUUCUCUGGACAAAGUUACUUGGCGGAAAUUGGAUAUUUUCCAUUACGCAUUCAAAUCUAAAAAUGUGGAUAUUUGCAGAUAUUUAUUAGAUUCCAAUAGUAUUGACGUCAAUAAAAAGUCUAUAGAUGAAAAAACUUAUCUUCAUUAUGCAGUAAUGAAAGAUUGCCUUGAUAUUGCUGAUCUAUUAAUUUCUCAUGGUAUUGAUAUCAAUGCAAAAGAUUAUCAUGGUAUAACACCACUUCAUUGUGCUGUGAUCAACGAUAAAAUAAGAAUGGUUGAAUUUCUUAUUUGGCAUGGGGCUGAUAUCAAUACAAAAGAUUAUCAUGGGAAAACACCAAUUCAUUAUGCAGUUGGUAAAAAUAACAUAAGAAUAGUAAAAUCUCUUAUUUCUCAUGGUGCUGAUAUCAAUUCUAAAGAUUAUGAUUACAAAACACCACUUCAUUAUUCAGUUGAUAAAGUAACCUUCAUUGAAAUUAUUGAAUUUCUUAUUUCACAUGGUGCUGAUAUCAAUUCAGAAGAUUGUGAAGGGAAAACACCAUUUAAUUAUUUAAUUCACAAUGAAUUUAAUCCAGAAAAAUUAGAACUUCUUCUAUCACAUGGUGCUAAUAUCGAUUCAAAAGAUCAUAAAGGGAACAUGUCAUUUCAAUAUAUAGCUUUUGUUGGAUUUAGCCAAGAACGAUUAAAAUUUCUUUUAAUGCAUGGUGCUAAUAUCAACUUAAAAGACCAAUGUGGUAAAACAUCACUUCAUUAUUCAGCUAUGGAUGAAUCAAGCCCAGAAAAAUUUAAAUUUCUAAUUACAAAUGGUGCUGAUAUCAAUGCAUAA